UCCUCUUCCGUUGCCUUUUCGCUUUCUCCGUACACUUGGCCUUCCUUCUCGCGAUCAAACCCUAGGUCCCGCCAUUGUUGGUCCCAGACUUAAAUCGAAGCUCCAAUUUCACUAAUUUAAGGUGUUGCUUUUUUUCUCUGGAGCUUGGUGAUAGAUAAUAUGGCUUCUGUUGCUGAACCUAGCCCUGUUGACCCACUUACUGUUGGGAAUGCGUUUGUCAGUCAGUAUUACCACGUUUUGUAUAACAUGCCUGAGCAUCUGCCCCGGUUCUAUCACGAGAUCAGUGAAGUUGGGCGUGUUGGACAAGACGGAGUCAUGCGAAAUUUCUCUACCUUGAAGGAUAUAACUGAGGAGCUUAAGACACUGACUUAUGGAGAUCACGAAUCGGCUGAGAUAACCAGUUAUGAUACCCAAGCGUCUCACAAUGGGGGUUUCCUCGUCGCUGUUACUGGAUACUUCACUCUAAAUGAGAGAUUUGCCAAUGAUAAUGCUAAGGAUACUGUUCCAGAGACCAUAGAAGGGGAAGUUGUUUCUGGGAUAAACUCUACAAGACCCAGUGAUAUUAAUGCUACAGGCAAUAAGGGCUCGGAGCAAGCUGCAUGUGUUUCGGUGAAUCCUGUUUCUAAGGAAGUGUCUAAACCCUUGAAUGAUGAGAAUGCUAAGGAUAAUGUUCUGGUACCUGAGAUUGUCAAUGAAGUUGCAGGGAUUGAGAUAACUCGCAAAGAAGUUGCAGAUGAUUCAUCGAAAAAUUAUGACCCUGAUGAUGGACUUGAAGAUGUUCCCAAGAAAUCCUAUGCAUCUGUGUUGAAGGUUACGAAAGAUAAAUCUGGAGUUCCAGCUGGCUCUUUACCUUCUCCAAAGAAGAUACCUAAAGACCAAGAACAUCAAGCUCCUUCAGAUCCUUCUACAGGCCAGAUACUCAAAGACCAAGGUCAACAAGCAUCUUCAGAUCCUUCUCAAGUGAUAGAAUCUGAUAAAGUUUCUGAGUCUGUUGAUGCUGCUGAAAAUGGACACAAUCAGGAAGCGGUAGCUGAGGGUACAUCUAUUUAUGUGAAACAUCUUCCUUUUAAUGCCAACAUUAACAUGCUUGAGGCUGAAUUUAAGCAAUUUGGAGCUAUUACCAAUGGUGGGAUUCAAGUCAUAAACCAAAGGGGCCUUGGUUAUCCUUAUGGUUUUGUUGAGUUUGAGGAGGCAGAUGCUGCCCACAAAGCAAUAGAGGCUUCACCUGUGAUGAUUGGUGGACAGAGAGCUUUUGUGGAGGAGAAGCUAUCGACAUCAAGAGGUAACAGAGGAAAUGGAAAUGGUGGAUACGGGAAUAGAAAUGUUGGAGUGGGAAUGAGAGGAAGAGGAGGUUAUGGAUAUGGCUACGAUUACAGGAGGGGAGGUAGAGGUCCUGGAGGAGGAGGAGGAAGGUCUUUUAACCGUAGAGGCAAUGAAUAUGUCGCCAGCAUCAACUCGUACUAGAGCGGGGAUUGGGUUCUUUUGUGGCGGAUAAUUGAUUUUUGGAAUGGUGGAAAGAAGAUGGUAGCAAGAAAGACAGACUUGGUAG